UACACGUCGUAGAAAUCACGGGUUUCCUCAAAAUUUUCCGUUGUGACCUAGUGCAAAUUAUAUACGCAGCGAAAGAGAAAGGAUUGGUGCACUAUCCAAAAGUGGUUUUACGCAAUAGUAAUGAAAACUGUGAGCUUGGCGUGCCUCUGAAAAUACGCUAAUUAGGCUUAUUCGGCAUGCAUUUACUAAUCGACUAUAUGUCUGAGACAUCUUAAACAACUUUAGGAUCAUGCCCGGUACCUUAAUCUCUUUUAUAUCCGAAAUCGGUAAUCGCAUGUCAAAUAGUUUCGAUAAAAACAAUUAAUUGUUAAACCUCUGCAGCUCUCUUUGCACUGCAUGUAGGCGGGCCCCAUAACGCCCGAGCGUAUUUGUAGUGCGAUUGUACGCUCGAACGGCGCGUCCCAUAACUAUGUAGUUCAGCGCGCCGUGGGCGCCUGCGCGACUCUAAUCAGUCACCAGCUGUGUGAGCUCGUUACUGUGCUUCCAACUCGGGUUACAGACCUGGGACUGCGGGCUGAUAACGGUAUUCUCCACGCUCCAACGGAAAACGUACCGUAAUUCUCUGACUGCGCACCAACACGCGGAGUGCGUUCCGUUACGGCACUCGUGAGCGCCUCGGUGUGAAUCGGUGACGUCGAAGGCGAUGGAACAGAUGGAGUGUGAAGAGCCUGAGGUCAGACCGUGGUCCAGAAGCAGAUCGCUGCCCCAGUUCCUGGCAGCUCUCUCAGCCACGCUGACGUCAUUCUGCAGCGGCUCGAGCCGGGUCUGGCUCAGCCUCGCGACGGGCAUGCUGGAGGAAUCAGCAGCUCCGACGUUCGGGCAGCAGAAGUCGGCGUAUCGGCUGCAGCUCCUGGGCGCGAUGCUGGGGGCGCUGGUGGCCGGCCGCCUGCUGCAGUGGCGCGGCCCCAGAGGGAUGCUGCUGCUGCUGGUGGUGCCCUUCGCCCUGGGCCACGCGGUGGUGCUGGCCCUGCACACGCACCGCGCGUGGCUGUUCCUCGCGAGGUUCCUGUUCGGCGUCGCCAGCGGGGCCAUGCACGUCGCCGCGCCCGUCUACCUCGUCGAGAUCCUGGAAGACUCCCACCGCGGGAAACUGGGCUGCUUCAUGUGUCUCAUGUUGAAAAGCGGCCAUCUCUUCGUGCACCUGCUGAAUCUCGCGGGCAGCUACGUCCUCCUGGCCGCGUGCUGCUUCGUGGUGCCUCUCGCCUCCACGGCGGUGCUCUUCUGGAUGCCCGAGUCCCCGCUCCACCUGCUCGCGAGGAACCGCCGGCAGGAGGCGACGGAGUCCCUGCGCUGGCUGCGCGGGGGACAUCGCGACGUGGCGGGCGAGCUGCAGUGCCUCCAGGCCUCCGUCGACGAGGUUGCCCGACCGGUGGGCACCUGGAGGGACCUGGCUUGCAGUCCCGUGGCGGCCAAGGCGCUCGGCAUCUCGAUGGCCCUGGUGGCCUUCCAGGAGUUGAGCGGCCACGACCUCGUGGGGUCCCUGUCCAUGAUGUACUUAGUGCUGGCGGGCAGCAGCUGGUCCAAAGAGACGACCCUAGUGGUGGUGGCGGUGCCGGUGGCGGGCUCGUGUCUCGGGCUGCUCCUCGCCGACCGUCUGGGCCGCAGGGUCCUGCUGCUGACGACGGGACUCGCCGUGACGGUCUCGCUGCUGGUCCUCGGGGUGUACUUCCGGCCCGACGAGCCGGCGCACACGUGGGUGCCGUUCCUCUGCGCUUUGGUCUUCUCGCUCGCCUUCAACGUCGGGCUCGGCCCCUUGCUGUGGACCCUCAUGGCGGAGCUGAUGCCGCCCAACGUGCGGGGUCUCGGAGCGGCGCUGGUCGGCAUGUACUUCUGGCUGCUCAAGCUGAUCAUGUCCUGGCCGUUCUACUCCCUGGCGAGGGAUGCCCACCGGUACGUCUACUGGUGCUUCUUCCCCUGCUGCAUCUUAGCCAUCGUCGUCGUGUACUUCAUCGUCCCGGAGACGAACGGCAAGUCUGUGCGCCAGGUGCAGGAAGAAAUGAAACAGUGCAUGUGGUCCCUGAGGCAGUGCACGCUAAGGACCCCCGGCUCCUACACAUCACGUAACUGAGGAGCAUGUUGUUGAUCACGAUCCAGUCAAUCUUGAAAAUACUCUCCGGAAAAACUUUUCAUGCCACUUCAAGUGCUACACCAAGGAAAGAAAUUUGACUAAAAAAAAUCUAGCAUUAUGUGUUAUUCAUAUAGAAUCUCAUCCGUCCAAGCUCUUAUGAAUUUUUAUUUUCGGUCGGAUUACUAUAUAGGAAUUCCCACUAUAGAUACUUGUAUUGCUUAUUCGUUGGCAGUUAUUUGUCACUAACAUUGAAAUAUAUUUAGUACUUGGAAAAGAGUAAGAUAUCAGAAAACAAAUUUGUGCACACACUAUGUUACUUAAUAUAAUUUACACUGCAAUGCGCAUGGUUUCAAGAUAAUAAUAGCGAAAAAAAUCAUUGUUGGAUCUGAUAGUUGCAUUGGUAGAAGUACAUGUUAUUGAAAUAUUUUAUUUUUGGACAUAUAAGAGGCAUUAUGCAUAUAAAAUUUCAGUGAAAAACAUUCUGCAUUAGAACAGUCGAUUUUGACUUUUUUUUAUAUAUUUUUGUAACAACUAUGUUUUUGAAGGAAAAUGUAUCAUUCAUAAAUAAAUACAUAAUCUCGUGUCUAGUAAACAAAA